CAAAAAGUUUGUAAACAAAAACAAAAAUUCUUGAAUCAGUGGGUUUUGUUUUUAAUUUUUAUUAAAAAACAAAAAUGCCCUCAUUUUGCGUAAUUUCCAAUUGCCAAGAUAAAUACAAACAUUCAGAAAAUAUUUCAUUUCACAAAUUCCCACACAGUCGAAAAGAUCUCCUCGAAAAAUGGAUUGAAUUUGCCAAUCGUGAACCCGAUUGGAAACCAUCCAAAUGGAGUGCAAUAUGUAGUCGACAUUUUGCCAUUGAUGAUUUUCGUAAUGUUAAUUCUAGAAAAACCUUAAAAAAGACUGCAAUUCCUACAAUAAAAAGUACUACAUGGAAUGAUCAAUCUGAUGAACAAUUGCCACCAUGUCUAACACUUCAAAAUCACGAAAAAGACUUGAAGAUCCCUGAAAGUAACUGUCGCCUCUGUGGAAUCUGUUGCCGUCCAGUUGCGACUUUUGCAACAAACUUCGAAAUCUUCGGCAUGAUUCAAAAAUGUUUUCCCACUCUCAACAUCCAAUUGGAUGAUAAUUUACCAAAAGACAUGUGUUCAGGUUGUUUAAAGCGACUUAAUAGCUUCUCAGAGUUUGUUGACACAGUUCUGAAUACUCAAAAGCACCUCCAUGGAACAAUUCGGAGUGAGAAAUUCAUUAAACCACCUGAAAGACAAUUAAAAAUAAAACAAGAACCAGUUGUAAAUGUUAAACAAGAAGUUGCCGAACACUUUGAUAGUUUCCUUAGCGAUGAACUCGAAGAAGAACAAGAUUGCGAACAAAAGUUCUCUUUCUGUGACUUUCCCAUGCUCAAUACCCAAGACAUUAUCAACAAUUGUGACAUUAUGGAAAUCAUUAAUCUCGAUGAUCCAUUUAUCGAUAUUCCAGAUGAUGAAAAUGGCAAUGAAAUUGGGGAUAUAGUUAAUCCGGGACUAUUUACACCUAAAUCUUUGAUUUCUUCAAAACUUGAUUCGAUUAAUUUGGUCCAUGAACAUAAUUAUGCUAUGCCAAUUGAAUGCAAGGAAUCUAUUAAUCUCACAAAUGUUUAUAAGACUGAAAAGAUGGAAGACAAAGAUGACCAUGAUGUGGUGGCUAGUAGUCUUCCACCAGACACUUUAAUCACAGCCAAACCGAAAUUCUCCAACAAUUCAGAGUCUACUAUAAUUGGCAAUGAUUUACAAUUUUCACACAACUCAUCGGCAUCUUCGGGAGGAAAACUGAUGGUGACAUCGGUGAGCGAUUUGUUGCCACGUCCAAAAGUCGAGGCGAAUGUUAAAAAGCCAAAUAUUGUUGUGCUAAAUGAAAGUAUUGUUAAGACGGCAUCGGCUUUUCAAUUGCAUCCUUGUUGCAUGUGCCAGUCGCAGUUCUUCUCUGCUGAAGGUUUGAGUCAUCAUGUUGCUAAAACUCAUUUUCCAAUGGUCACAUUGCCUCCAAAUAAUGAUUCCCCUUCAAUUCCCAUUCCUCCAUCGAAUGAUUCCCCGGAACAAGUCAUUCAAGAGAAAGUUGAUGCCAAAUCCAUAAUUUGUCCCACCUGUUCGAGUUGCUUUUCCAACAUACAUGAUCUCAUCAAGCAUAAAAACAAAACUCACUCUAAGUUAAUAGGGAAGAGGAGGAAACGUGGCCGAGAGUGUCCCUGUUGUUUAAAGUUCUUUAUCAGUCAAAUGGCAUUGAAAAACCAUCGGAAUUUUGUUUGUCUGUCGAAGAUGAAUUCGUGUCAGAAAACUUUUAAAUGCCGUUGGUGUUCCAAAGACACUUUUAGCCAUUGGAGAAUCUAUCGAAAUCAUGCUUCUCGUUGCAAGAAGUUAAAAAACUCAAAUAAAUCGAAAAAGAUCAAUAAAGUCACAAAGAUUGUUUCAAAAACAAAAGUUCCUCAAAAACCUUCUUCGAAUGAAAUUUUCAAUCUUCUUUGCCUUGGUUGCAAUAAGACUUUCAAAUCGGUAGAUGACUUUCGGUUGCAUUAUAUUGAAGAAAAGUGCAAACUUCAACCGUCAGCAGAUCAGGUGCUAGCAUUUUGUCGAACAUGUAAUCGACCAAUAACUAAAUUUGCUAAAUUACGAAUUCAUCGACAUUUUCAGUAUUCUUUGAAGUAUUUUUGUAAGGAAUGUCCGAAGGAAUUUAAGAAUUCAAAACUAUUGGCACAACAUCGUAUAACACAUUCGAAUGUUCGCAAGCAUAAAUGUCAAUUGUGCGAGAAGGCAUUUAAGAGAAAUUGUGGAUUACAACAGCAUAUAAAAGCGAUACAUUUGAAAUUGAAACCACACGAGUGUGGGGUGUGUAAGAGACAUUUUGCUUUGAAAGGGGAUAUGUUGCGGUGUAAACAUUCUGUGCUGACACUGUAAAUGGUGUUUCUAUUUGUAAAUAUUUGUAUUUUGUUUUGUACUACUUUUAAUUUAAAUUAAAUGUAAUUUAAAAAAAAAGCUCAAAAAAAUUGUUUUUUAUUC